AUGCGUCAAGUUGAGAUCGUGCUCUGCGUCGUGGCGUUCGGCAUCGUGGGACAUGGGGGUCCCACAUUCCACUCGUACUGGAACUGGUGCAUGUUCACUUGGUUCUUCUGUGCCCUCAUGACGCUGGUGAUCGUGAUUAUUGAGAUGCUCGGGCUUCACCUGCUCCUGAGGCUUUGCAUGAACUGGGAUGACUUCACCACAGGCAUGGCCAUGCUCUCCUCCCUCAUGGUCUUCUCAGCCUCCAUCAUCUAUCCAGUCUUCUACGCUUGCAAAAGCUGUAUCCUAGCAAUUGUGGCCACGGCAGUGUCCUUCCUGUGCUUCGUUGUCUACACUGUGCUGGCCAAACACAGUGGAGGUGGUGGCUACCUUUCUACUGUGCCGGGGUUCUUGAAGGUCCUGGAAGCAUUUGUAGCCUGCAUCAUUUUCAUCUCCCUCACUGGCUACUUUGGAAAGUUGGGCAUGGAGUGGUGCGUAGUUGUCUACGCAGUCUGCUUCCCCAUUACUGUCGUCAUCAUUGUCCUGAAUGUCUUACCGAUCCUCAAACUUCUGCCCUUCCCCUUUGACAAAGUUAUGGCCGGUUUCCACGUGCUGGCAGUGCUCCUGUACCUCUCAGCAGCCAUCCUCUGGCCCUACUACAGCUUAUGA